CCUGCGGAGGUCAUGUCACACCGGGCUGCCGGCUCUGACGGGUAAAUUGGUGCAGGUGGCGGGGCGGGCGGCGAGCGCCGGCCUCUUGAGCAGCUGGGGAGCAGCGCCGGUAGGGAUGGCUCGUGUGACAGGCGUCCUCUGGGUGCUGGCCGCCGGACUGUGCGUCAGUCUGGCGUCGGCGGGCAUGCGGACGUCCUCGCUGACAAUGGGGAAGGCCACGGUGACCAGCUCCUCAUCACGCAGUAGCAGCAGCAGCAGCAGUAAGAGCGGCAGGUGGCCGGGCGGCCGGCCGCCGCAGCCGUCCAUCACCCGGCUGGUGAAGGAGUACGCCAUCCCCAGCGGUCAGGCGGUGAUGACCACUCAGGUCAUCCACGGAGAGGGCGUCUCCGGCAUCACAGAGACCAUGCAGAUCACACAGACAAAGAAAAAGAAGAAGUUCGUGUCGACGUCCACCAGUCAGAUCGGUAACGCGCCGCCAGUGACCACGGUCACUUCCAGCACCAACGACGGCGGCAGCAGGGUCAAGGUCACCGUGGGUCAGGGCAGGGAGAAGAUCAAGCUGAAGGCGCGGCCGGCCAUCGACCUGGACGUCAAGGCACUCACCAUGGACUUCUUCAAGAGCGGGGUCUCUAUGGAGGACAAGGAUUUCAUGGUGAUCAACGACCAAAUCGACAAGGUCACCAAGACCAUCGAUGACGUAUUCAAGACGUUCUUCGCGGCUGACGAAGAAUUCACCAAGAAAAAGGGAGAUGUGAAACGAAACUUUGCGGAUGCGUCCAAUCGAUUCAAGGAUAUGGGUAUCAAAUAUCCUGAUUUCCAGUUUGCAUAUUGAUUCAUCGACGCCUCACUCCAUUGACGGUUACGCAUUACCGUAUAUGGCGAUGGAAAUACCGAAAGUUGUAUGAUCAGCGACUAUGCUUCACAGGCGUUCCAGGUGAAUUGGGCUUUAUUUCAACUUUGAACGAUGAUCAGGCGCGGGCGACGGAGUCGCACACUGACAUUUGAGGUAGUUACGUCGACUGGCUUCCCGUGUUCUCUCAAGGGUCAGAUGGUAAAGGGAUUUCCAACAGGUUUCUAAUGUGGAACUUCAAUAAGUAAUCAAUAUUUGGUACCACUUCAAAAUGGAGAGAACUUUAAAUGUAAUCCAUAAGUGUAUUUCGUUGACUUCAAUUAUGGAUAACCGUGAAAUCAACAGGCCAAUCCGCUGUCCUAGGGUGAGGCAAUAAAGGCCGCACCAUAUGAACUGACUUAUCAGGUGUCGUAACGUCACGUGAGUAAAAUAAAUGAGAUCGAUAUACAGGGU